UCUUCUAAAGAAAAUAGAACAUAUAUUUCAGAAUUAUCUCAUUAAAAAUGGAACGAAUAAAUUUGGUUCCAUACAGAUACCAAACAGACAAUCAUGGAAAAACACAAGUUUCGAAAUAAAUAGGGGAAUCAAAAUGAUAGCAAAUCCGACUUUGAAAACUGUUGGCACUCAAAGAAAAGGAUCAGAAAGAAAAUUGGUUAAGUUCUUGCAUGUCCUUACUAAGAUACAUAAGCUUCUUCAAACGAAUAGCUAUAGAACUAAAAGAGAACUUUUCUACGAAGACGUCGGUUUAUUCAAAACACAAAAAACGUUGGAUGAUAUUUUGGACGACAUAGCUUGCCUGUUACAAACUCCAAAAAUAAAACUUCAUGUGUUAACAACAUCAAAGGGCUGUAUUUCUGGUAAUCUGAGAUACAAAGAAUCAGAUGGUAGCUAUAUUGAUUGCAGUGAAUCCAAUCAAGGUGUUUUAAUCUCUAAUGAUGUUGACAGUAUAAGCUAUAUUCAAUCUGACGCUCGCUUCAUUUUAGUGGUGGAAAAAAGUGCUGUUUUCCAGAUGCUUCUUGACUGUAAUAUCACCAAGCUACUUUAUCCUUGUAUUUUGAUCACAGGAAAAGGAUUUCCCGAUGUUAACACAAGAGAAAUGCUUCGAAAACUAUGGAAUUGUCUAAAAAUUCCAGUUUUAGGCUUGAUGGAUGCAGAUCCUUAUGGUAUCGAAAUAUUAAGCAUUUACAAAUAUGGAUCAAAGGCAAUGUCUUUUGAUGUUGAAAAGUUGGCAGUACCUGAAUUGCGCUGGCUUGGUCUCUUACCAUCCGAUAUCCAGAGACUCCAGUUUCCAAAAUCAGCAACAAUACCCUUAACUGAUAAUGACAAAUUAAAAAUUACAAAACUAUUACAACGACCCUACAUUCGAAACAAUGUUCAAUUUCAGAAUCAGAUUCAGAUUCUCCAGGAGAAAGCAAUUAAAGCUGAAAUUGAAGGUCUCAAUAAAAUAAGUGAUAAUUUUUUGUCCAAUAUUUAUCUGCCUAAUAAAAUAAGAUACGGAGGUUGGAUUUAA